AUGAAACCGAAAUCUAUAACUGAUGAAGAUCAGUCGUACACAAAGUCCACUAUUGGUAGGGAUAACAGAGAGAAGGAAGUUGAUGUGGUGAAUGUUCUUGGAGCAAAAUGGGACUGUAAGACUGCCUCCUUUAGUUCACCAAUUCGGGUUGUUUUUCAAGGGAAGAAUCAACGAGUCAACGUUAUCGUUAACCGCGAAGAUGCCAGCGCUACUUCCUCCAAAACAUUGGUUUAUCGAAUUGGUCAUACGAGAUACACACGAACGAGUGAAACACAUAUGUUGGCAGCGAUAAGAGAAGUAUUUUGGAUUCUUCGUGGUAGAGCAGCUGUGAAGAAGUCUGUGCGUCAUUGCGUCAUUUGCAAAAGAUCGAAGGUGUUCCUUACAGACCACCAACCAUACCUGAACUACCAGAAUUUAGUGUAUCUGAUGCCCCACCUUUUUCUCAUACGGGAUUAGACUUUGCUGGCCCUCUGUAUGUAAAGUACAUUAGUAAGGAAACAAGUUCCAAGUCUCAGGCUGGUUUGAACAAGGUUUAUGUGUUGUUGUUAACUUGUGCUGCCACAAGGGCAGUUCAUUUAGAACUUACCCGUAGACCUGAUGUGCCUAUGUUUUUGCUAACAAUUCGACGGUUCGUAGCUCGUAGAGGACUACCGGCUAGUUUUAUCUCGGACAAUGCGAAAACGUUUAAAUCAGCGUCUAAGGAUUUAAAGAAAGUUAUUCGGUCGCCGUAAUUUUCUCGUUAUAUGACCGAAAAUCGGGUAUGUUGGAAAUUCAAUGUGGACAAAGCUCCCUGGUGGGGCGGAUUCUGGGAAAGGCUAGUAAAAACUGUGAAACUUUGUCUUAAAAAGAUUAUCGGGCGCGCGACAGUCACUUAUGAUGAACUAGCUACGAUACUAACGGAAGUCGAGUCGGUUAUUAAUGCCAGGCCUAUUACCUAUGUGUACGACGACGAGGAAUCUGUAUCCUAUGCUCUAACUCCCUCACACUUAAUUAACGGCAGAAUGAUCACAGCUAUGCCUAACGACCACCACUACGAGAUUGUAAGCACGAGUACCACGCUUAGUCGAAGAGCCAAACAUCAAAGAAAUAUUCUGCGAAAAUUCAUUAAUCAAUGGCGUCGAGACUAUCUCUUAAAUCUUCGCGAAAAUUCAGCAGUGAAUUCCAGAAAUUCUUUCUAAUUCAACUGAAAUCUCCGAAGGUGACAUCGUUUUACUGAGAUCUGAUUCGACAGCUCGUAAUUUCUGGCAAUUAGCAGUCAUCGCGAAGAGUUUAUUUCGAGUCGAGAUGGAAAGAUCAGAGCAGCUAUUGUUAGAACGAUCAAUGGACAGGGUAAGCCUUCAAGGUUUAGAAGAGUAAUUCAGCAUUUAAUCCCUUUGGAAAUACGGUCAAACUCACAAGAAUAUCGAGAGGAUUUGCCUGUUGGACAGAAUACACGAGUGCGGCGUGAUGCUGCUAUUGUUGGAGAACUGAGACGUAUCGAACAGUCAGAAAAUUAA